AGCGAGAUGCGGGAGGCGAAGCUGGAGCCCAACGUCAUCAGCUACAGCGCUGGGAUCAGCGCGUGCGAGAAGGGCAAGCAGUGGCAGCGGGCACUUGCGCUGCUGAGCGAGAUGCGGGAGGCGAAGCUGGAGCCCGACGUCAUCAGCUACAGCGCUGGGAUCAGCGCGUGCGAGAAGGGCGAGCAGUGGCAGCGGGCACUUGCGCUGCUGAGCGAGAUGUGGGGCGCGAAGCUGGAGCCCAACGUCAUCAGCUACAACGCUGGGAUCAGCGCGUGCGAGAAGGGCGAGCAGUGGCAGCGGGCACUUGCGCUGCUGAGCGAGAUGCGGGAGGCGAAGCUGGAACCCAACGUCAUCAACUACAACGCUGGGGUCAGCCUACAGCGCUGGGAUCAGCGCGUGCGAGAAGGGCGAGCAGUGGCAGCGGGCACUUGCGCUGCUGAGCGAGAUGCGGGAGGCGAAGCUGGAGCCCAACGUCAUCAGCUACAGCGCUGGGAUCAGCGCGUGCGAGAAGGGCGAGCAGUGGCAGCGGGCACUUGGGCUGCUGAGCGAGAUGUGGGAGGCGAAGCUGGAGCCCAACGUCAUCUUCUGCUACAGCGCUGGGACCAGCGCGGGCAAGAAGGGCGAGCAGUGGCAGCGGGCGCUUGCGCUGCUGAGCGAGUUGCGGUAGGCGAAGCUGGAGCCCAACGCAACCAGCUACAGCCCUGCGAUCGUCGCUCUGCUCCGCAGAAGCGAUGCGACAGGCUAGUCAGCCACACCGCUGGGGAACAGCGCUUGAGUGAAAGGUGGUCAGUGGCCGCGGGCUCUGGCGCUGCCGAGCGAGAUGUGGGAGGCGUUGUUGGAAUUCGGACGUUAUCAGAACUUUAGCGUUGUGAUCACUGGGUGCAAGAAAGGGCGAGCAGUGGCAGCCGACGCACGCGCAGAGUUUCCCAAGACACCUCACCGCCCGACGUCAAUAUAGGUUUGGAAGCGCGAUGCCGCGGCAUCCCCCCAACAGAACUGUUGGGGACCCCCGC